AUGGGUGCACGGGACUCCGUCGUGUCAUUGUACUCCAGGGUGUGCUGGGGGGAUGCUGAACUGAGCUGCAGCUUGCAAGGCUGCUCCCUUUGUGCUCCUUUGAGUCCUUCGAUUUCGCAGGUGUGUGGGCGGGCCGUGUCCAUGGCAUCCUCGCAUUGCGAAGCUGUGGCAGAAAACGGGCAGCAGCCGUUGGUGGGGUCACGCGGGUCAUUCUGCCGCAUCACCAAGUCACAGCUCGUGCGUUGCACAGCAGAUGACACUGCUUUUUUGGAGUUAGCCCGGCCACUUUUCGGUAGCGUGCUCUCUGCCAGUGCCCAGCCCACUGCGGGCUCCAGGCACCUCUUGGGUGUUUGCUGGCCUCGUUGCCCACAGCUCGUAGCAUCCGGGCAAGCUCAAAGAUCGCGCCGUCGUGCCGCAACAAAGCUGCAGCUCAGUGCGAUGAUCCAUUCAGCAGUCUUGCGGAUCUGGAGAGGAACUUCGCAACCAGCACGCGGUGGUGUCCAUUGCUCAAUCCCCGUACUCUGCACGACAUGGCAAUGGCAGGAUUCCGAGCUGCGUCUUCUGGCAUCUGCGGUGGCCUCUUCUUUGAUGCGGCCGCUUCAGGUUUGUCGGUUUGCAUGCUGCAGCACAUCUGCACAACGGAAGUUUCACUGGACAAAUUGCAGCGGGGAUUCUUGGCAGGGAUCAGAUGCUCCGAUGGAUGUGGACUUGUUGAGUUAUUGCCUGCCCAGUCGCAGCUUCCCCUUGCAUCGGCAGACCUAUCACUCGUUCCCGUGCUUGCGCACAGAAACUCGCUGCAGUGCAUCCUGUGCAGCAAAGUGGAAGGUCUCACAUCAGCGUCCAAGCUCGCGGGUUGGCUUGAAGGCAACGCUACGCAAGCGUGCUGAGAGUGCUUUCUGUGCCUUCCGCGACUCAAGCAAGCAGUUGAUCGAGUGCCUUCGUUUGGCCACCUGCAUCUGGAGAGCAAGGCAACAUCCCGUCAGCUUGGGCACCGUACAGCACCUGUGGGAUGCCCAGAUGAAAGUUGCUCCGGUUUUGUGGCAAAUAGAGCUGCCGACAAGCUUCUGGCAGGUUUCCGUGGUGUGUCUGCUUUCGACGCCUCACACGGCAGCUCACCUGAAACCUUUGCGGCAAGCUUCAACCUCCGUGCAGAUCCCUCGCACAUUCGUGGGUCUAGGGCAGUUAAGCCUCCGGGCCUCCCUUCUGCUCUGCCUGAGCUGUCGCAGCUUCCCCAGCUAUGAGAUGUUGCGUUCCCUGUGCCUGAAGCUUCUCUGCUGUUUCCCGCCGCACGUUCGCACUGCAGGACUCAGCACCUGCAAGCCCAGAAAACCCCAGGGUUUUCUGGCCUUCGCGCCUGCUCGUCUCCUUCCCCGCCCGCAGCCGAGGCACGUUUCGUUCGUUAAUCGUAUGCUAGCCUCUUCCUGGGCCGUGUCUAUGUUUGUUGAACUGAUGUGUACAUGCUCCGGUUGCUGCAGGCGCACUCUGAGCACCAAGCUUCAGGCAUUGAGGCUGUCAGCUCAUUCCCCAGUAGCAGUCGAGGCCGAGGAACGAAAGUUUAGGCAGUUUAGACAAGUCCCAGUUUUGCAUAGCAAGGCUCUUCUAUGCAAAGCUGAGCCGUCGCCCUCAAACAGGACUCGAGGCUUCGCCAUGCGGCUUCACGGUUUCAUAUCCCUACUAGGAGGUUCUUCGGCUCCAGGAGAAGCAGCUCCCAGCUCGAGGUCUAGAUUCUCUUCGGCUGGUUUGGCUGGCCGGUGGCUCUUCAGACUCUGCGAGCUGCAGCCGUGA